UUGGUAUAAUCCAGCUACUGUCAUGGCUCCCAUAAUCUGAGCGAGUGGAUACUACUUCAAGCAAGAAACGUUUUUGUUUUAGUAUUAUGUUCUGUGAAAUACUGAGCCUUUAAUCGCGUAUUUAUUAGUUGGCACUGAAAGACUGCUUUGUAUUGUAGUAACGACGACCCGUUUGUUGUCGUGAAAAUGGCAGGGACUAGCAUUGCACAGAAAACAUGGGAGCUCGCCAAUAGCAUGCAGGAAGUUCAGAGUAUAGAUGAAAUCUACAAAUAUGACAAAAAGCAACAGCAAGAAAUCCUUGCUGCUAAACCGUGGACAAAAGAUCACCAUUAUUUCAAGUACUGCAAGAUCUCAGCUCUGGCCCUUUUGAAGAUGGUUAUGCACGCCAGGUCAGGGGGUAACCUAGAGGUGAUGGGGCUGAUGUUGGGGAAGGUGGAUGGUGAAACCAUGAACAUCAUGGACAGCUUUGCCUUGCCCGUGGAGGGCACAGAGACCAGAGUCAACGCUCAGGCUGCAGCGUAUGAGUACAUGGCUGCCUACAUUGAGAAUGCCAAACAGGUGGGUAGGCUGGAGAACGCUAUAGGCUGGUACCACAGUCACCCUGGUUACGGAUGCUGGCUGUCUGGUAUUGAUGUCAGCACUCAGAUGCUUAACCAGCAGUUCCAGGAGCCUUUUGUGGCAGUUGUGAUCGACCCCACUCGAACCAUAUCUGCAGGAAAAGUCAAUCUUGGCGCCUUCAGAACCUACCCAAAGGGUUACAAGCCUCCAGAUGAGGGACCUUCCGAGUAUCAGACUAUUCCACUGAACAAGAUUGAAGAUUUCGGCGUGCACUGCAAACAGUAUUAUGCCUUGGAAGUCACUUAUUUCAAGUCCUCACUAGAUCGAAAAUUACUUGAGCUCCUUUGGAAUAAAUACUGGGUUAAUACCCUGAGCUCUUCAAGUCUCCUGACGAAUUCGGACUACACUACAGGCCAGGUGUUCGAUCUGUCAGAGAAGCUGGAACAGUCAGAGGCUCAGCUUGGGAGAGGAAGCUUCAUGCUGGGGCUGGACACACAUGACAGGAAGUCAGAGGACAAACUGGCCAAAGCUACACGAGACAGCUGUAAGACCACCAUUGAAGCAAUUCAUGGCCUGAUGUCUCAAGUUAUCAAGGAUAAACUCUUCAAUCAAAUUAACACGUCUGCCAACUAAGUCCGAAAAAGGCCUGAUUGAGGUUCAUCAGUGUGUUUUACCUUGUAUGUUCCAUACUGCUUUUAUUCUCAACUAUACUUUAGUGUGAAUGGUUUCAGCUUCUGUGCACAACGAUGGACAUUAAUAAAUAGUGACGGUAACAUU